AUGGCAUUGGUGAGCAUUACGUGGGUGAUCCCCGCCCUUCUGUUCUUCAUCUCCAUCUUCGGCUGGGAGCACUUCGUGGGCUACCGCGACCUGCUGCCCGGCCAGUGCGCCGUGCAGUUCCUCAAGGACCCGGUCUUCAACACGGCGCUCAUCAUCGGCUACUACUGGACCACGCUGGUGGUGCUCUUCGUGCUGUACGGCGGCAUCUACAAAACGGCCUACGACAUGCAGAAGAAGAGCGAAGCGAAGCAGCGCAAGAUGCAGAGCAUGUGUAGAGCAUUAUCGGGACAAUAUGGGGCGAAAGAGGGUAGGGCAGAACAGGGAGAGGCAGAGUACGAUGGAGGAGGGCGGGGAAUGGCGGAGGAAUAG